AUGCAUUCAACGCAAACGGCGACUGAAGAUAAAGGCCGUCGGGGAGAGAAGGCGGGGGAGGGGGGAAUGGGACUGAGGGACGAGAGAGAGGAUAUCGCGGGAUGUGGAGGUGGCGGUGUUGUUAUCGUUGUUGUUGUUGUUGUUGUUGUUGUUGUUGUUGUUGUUGUUGUUGUUGUUGUUGUUGUUGAUACUGCGGGACCGGGAACCGACCCAAAUAGCGCGGAGAGUGGAUCCUCUGCAUUUGUGUUGUGUUGCAAAAAGGGCCCGACGCCAGCGGCGGGACCAAUGCGCCGUAGUCCAGAUCGGGCAGUGUCUCGGCGGGUGGCUAGGGGGAAAGGGGUAAUGGCUGGUGUUGCCGCAUCGGGACACUCCCCCUUGCGUGUGAUCGGGACCGCAGGGGUCUUGCUCGGGGAUCCGUAUCUAUACUUGUACUAUGGGAAAUUCAAGGAUCCAAGUAUUCUUUCGGUUCGAUAUUUGAUACAGCAGUAUAAUUGCGUGACUCUGGGGAAAAGCCAAUGCCGUCGAUACGAGAGGGCCGCAUGGACAGCGUGGGCGGGCAGGACAGCGCUCACUGACUCUUCUCGCCAGCAGAUACUCUCUUCUCCGGACCGAGAGAGUACAUACAGUAGGGUAGAUCCCGCUCAAUCUCUCAUGGCAGAAAUGACCGGCCUACAGCUACAACUACGGUAUACCUACUACUACUACUACUACUACAAUUACAAACGCCGAAAGCCUGGUGCGGUGGGUGUCAUUUGCCGAAGACCUCUGCCUGCUCCGCCUACACAGUUCAAGUUCAAGCGGUCAACAAUUCCAAACAAUCCGCCCGCUUCCCUGCCUGCCAUAUCCCGAACGGCGGAUAUUCCGAGUGGAGGGAAAGCUGCCUCAAGGGUACAACUAGUUACAGUACAACUACUUCCAGUACAACCAACUACUUCCAGUACAACUACUUCCAGUACAACUAUUUCCAGUAGUUGGUAUAUAGACUUUACGGGAAAAGCCCCCAGCUGCAACACCCAUGUUUCCAUUCCCGGUCACAGCCCGCUUCCCCCAAGAUCAUCUCAGCAAGCCCACCCGAUUCUUUGGAACGACUCUUUGGAACGAUUCUCUGAACGACUCUUUGGAACGACUCCUUUUGGCUGGCUGGUCAGGGCAGAAUAA